AGAACAAUGUAAAAUUGACCUUGUAUUGAAACAAGGUCAAGAAAAUAAUCUUAACUUUAUCAAGGAAAACCAAUGGAGAAAAGAGGUUUUUUCAUUGGAGAAACUAAUUACUAAGGAGAUUAAACUUAAAUUAGAAGUUGCUUCCCUGGAGAAAUAUUGGGAAAGCCGUAUUAUUCCACGAGGAUUACGGAUAAUGUUACAAUCAUCCACAGAUAAAGACGACCCAGAAUUUAAUACAGUCUGGGAUCGUAUUCUCAAUAAUUGCUCAUACGAAUUGAUGAGUCAUAUUAUAUGCAAACGGAAAAGAAUGUUAGCAGCAAUUGAUAGGGAUAUUGAUAAUCUUAAAGAAACCCUUACUCCUUAUUUAGAACUUCCAGAGUGUGUUUCUUUAAUGGAAAAAAUAGAGAAAAAACUAGAAAAAACCUUUGAAGAGGUCAUAAGUGUAAAGAAGAAAAAAUAUGAGAGAGAUGAGCAGGAUUUCAAGGAGAAUCGAGUUAGAGAUUAUAAAAAUAAAGAAAGAACAAAAAAGAGUACAUCUAGGGAAUUUUAUAGAAAAUCCCAGGUGAAUGGAAACUCUCCCAAACGGUUCCAAUACACAGGGAACACCUCAAAUAGGAAUGCUCCCCCUAUAAUGAGAACCCCCAAAGAGUCCAGAUGGACUACUGUGAG